AUGCAGCUGCCCGAGACUGCCGAAACCUCUGAGGCCAACGGUGACACUAUGGAUGAGAAUGCUGCCGCCAGAGUGAAACGACGUCCUUUUGGAAGCGCCUUACGAAGUAGGCUGAACAAUAUUGUGAGCAUGUAUGUGCCUUCCACCUCGAACGGAAAUUCUCAGGCGGAAGCAGAGGUGGAUGAACAUACCGAACUACUCUCUGGUGUGGAUAAUAAACCUGAUCAUUCGACAAACAAAGCGGAUGAUUUAUAUGUGAUCCGUCUCGUUUACAGUGGAGAUAUCCUGGCGAAAUGCAUCAGCAGUGAAGCGCAGGCAUCCUCGUUUUUGUCAAAAGAUGAAUCGCCAAAAGCAAUCGCGAUUGCUGCCGACAGUCACACAAUUUACCUCUGUUUAGAUGGAGUCCCUUAUGUGUUUCUACUCAAAACACCCGAGGCAGAUUCCUUGGAAAUGAUUGAUGAAUCGGAGAAUCAGGCACCCGCUGACAAAAAUCCGAUCAAAGGAUUUAUUCGCCUUACCAUUCCCGGUGUUGGUGAUCUUGUGCCACAAGAGUUGUGUGUGCAUGCACCUACCACAGAAACUAGAGUGUUGUACGUUGUGGGAUGGAUUUUAUCCACCAAUGCAGAUAAGUCCCACACUUCCAGUCCAACGAAACAGUGGGUAUUGGCUAAGUUUUCCCUCAGUGGGCAGUAUCUAGCUCGUACGCGUAUCUAUCCUUAUCAGCGUUACUCGGGACUCGCGGUGGACUCUACUGAUGGGAAAUUACUCCUAGCCUGUCCGACACUUUCGAGUGAACCUAGUAUCAAUGGUAACGGUGUGAAGAAAGGAGCAAUUGAAAUUUCGGCUGGUCAAUUAUGUAAACUUACUCCAGGGUUUGAACGACGUGUAUUCUCAGUCACCAUGGGCAAUGACGUUGCUAUAUACCGUCCCGAUUACGUGUCACAGGAAUCCGCGGGGCGUUGUUGUUGGGCCUCAGUUCAAAGAAAUUCACGAGUGGAUCCAACUUCUAAUAAUACUGCCACAAAACCCACUGUCUCCCGGCGACUUUUUGCUUUCCCUGGUCGUCAGUUAGAGGGGGUGGACAAGCGAAGCCCUCGAGAAUGGUUGCAUGUGGUUUCCUGGGAUUUUGCUGAUUUGAACCCGGGUCGGAUUGCCACGUUUGAUGCAGAUCGCCUGCUGGUUGUAGAUGCCACCACGGGAACCCUAUCCUAUAUCACUUGGCGAGAUAAUUGCGAAAAACCAACAUUGCAUCGUAUCACACGCCCCAAGUCGAAGCCGAUCAAUCUAAUUUGCACAAAUCACCACGUGAAGGCCUCCUAUCCCCCAAUGGCGUAUUUUAUAUCGGGAUUUAGUCUUUACUCGUUCCGGUUCAAUCAGAACCUGGAAACAGAAGCUUAA